CGCAGUCGAGCAGCGCACGCGGCGGAGGAGCGAAGCUAAGGAGCGGAUCGCCACCAACUUUGAGAAAUUCCUUCCGAUCCCAUCUGUGAACCCACGCAGCACAAGGAGAUCUGCAUCCCAACACUUCGGAAGUGCUGCGAUUUUUCUCUCGGGUCUCAAGAUGCAUAUGAACACAUUAUUUAAUCAGUGGACUCAGAUCCCCAGCUUCCCCAGGAGGUGUGAGGUGGACGUGCCUCAGGAGCCCAGUAGUCCCACGCUCCGCGCCGAGUCAUCCGACUGCUACGAUCAGGGGGACCGGUGGCAGCACCUGCGGACAACGGUCCGCCGCCUCGAGCUCUGGGAGAGCUUCUCUGCUGAGCUCGUGGGAAGCGGCUUCUUCUCCGAGGUCUACAAGGUUGUACACAAAACAUCGCGGAAAGUCAUGGUGGUGAAGAUCUACAAGACCGACGUGGACCAGGACAGCAUCGUGCGGGAGAUCAGUCUUCUGCAGAAACUCUCGCAUCCCAACAUCGUGAGGUAUCUUGGCAUUUGCGUGAAAGAUGAUAAGCUCUAUCCAAUUUUGGAGUAUGUGAGUGGUGGAUGCCUGGAGGAGCUUCUAGCCAGAAAGGAUGUUUCCCUCAGCUGGAGGGAAAAGGUGGAGCUGGCCUGUGACAUCACCAGGGGAAUGAUCUACUUGCAUUACAAGAAUAUCUAUCACCGAGACCUCAACUCCAAGAACUGCCUGAUCAGAGUGACGGCGCGCGGACGCGAGGCUGUGGUAACCGACUUCGGCCUGGCCAGGGAGGUGGGGGAGCUUAUGGCCAAGGACCCAGGGAGGAAACUGUCCUUGGUGGGUUCUGCCUUCUGGAUGGCCCCCGAGAUGCUGAGAGGAGAGCCAUAUGAUCGCAAGGUGGACGUUUUCUCGUUUGGCAUAGUGCUUUGUGAGAUCUUGGGCAGAAUCCCAGCCGAUCCUGAAGUCCUUCCCAGAACACAGGGAGCCAGAGCCUAA